CGAUAUUUACCAUAUAUCCGCCGGUCAUGUGUUGGUGAUAAUAUGUGACCUAUGUAUCGGAAUUAUUUUCUUUAUAACGAUAUUUGCACUGACACAAUCGUUAUGUAUAUAAAGUUGACGUGAACAUACGGAUAUGUUUGUAGUUCGCUAUCAGUCGCUUAUUUGAUUUGAACGGACAUUAUGGUGUACUCAAGUGUGUUGGUCCUUUUAUUCGCUACCAGUGUGCUUUGUGAUGGAGGUUCACUGCUUAUAGCUUGCGAAAUGGAUGACACGGAGUGUCUCAGUAAAACAACACAGCAGUUCUUGGAAAAAACAUGUAAAGGCAUACCGGAGUACGACAUUAAACCCAUAGAUCCCUUAUUCGUGCCAAGCCUCGACAUUAAACUGAGCGACAAAGCAGAAACGAUAUUACACUACAAGAAUCUAACGAUAACAGGACUGAAAAACCAGAAGUUCUCCGAUUUUAAGAUGAAUACAAAGGAUAAAUCGGUUGUAUUACAAACUCGAGCGGAUUUAAUCAUAGUCGGAGACGUCACUAUUGAAUUGAGCAAAGUAUCAAAAUCAUUCAACGGUGCCUACACAAUAAAGGGAACGGCAUUGGGAACAGCGAAAUAUGGUUACGACUUCAAGGUCGAUGAUAAAGGCGUUGAGCAUUAUGAAGUCGGUCCAGAAACACUGACGUGCCAAGCUGUCAAUGAACCAGAAGUAACUCUAAGUCCGGAACUAAGCCGAGCGUUAGAAGACGAUAAAGAUCUUAAGGAAAGGAAACAGAGAUACAACGCAAGACGAAAAGAAAUCCAACAGAAUGUUUUCUGUAAAAUGGUGGAGAACGCAUAUGUUACCGUUGUUCACAACAUCCGAGCCGCUGCGAAAAUUCUGCCCAAAAGUGCCUUUUUGAAGGGAGUUUAAGUGAAAAUAUUUUGCUGACAUUUUAAUGUUUCCAAUUCAUAUAUAUGUUCUAUUACUUAAUAUAAACAUAUUAAGCAAUAAAGAAAUGAUUUGUGAGAUAAA